AUGUCGUCUUUCGAGCCCUCACUUUCCACCAGCGCCAUGCGACCGCCAUUGGCUUCUGCAGAGGCCCCCUCCAUGGCAGACUCUCUUCCAAGCCUCAAUUUCGGCUUUGAAGACUUGCGGAGUCGAAUGGCGCAAUUUACAGCGAAAUUUGACGCUUUUAUUGAGAAGGGACGGAAGCAAGUUCUGCAGGAACGCAAUCAGUUCCAUAGCAACUUGGCCGAGCUUCAGAAGGACUAUGAUAUGAAACACAAUGACAUCAAAAUCUUGACCUCAAAAACCCAAGAUCACCAGCAAACAAUCCAGCGAGAAGGGGCCGAAGCCGCGGAAAUCCAUGCACACAUUUCCUCGAUCACACUUGAACGCGACAACCGACUUUCGAAACGGGAUAGACUAAAGCGACAAAUUGCAGAGACGCAGAAUGCAAUCGACCAGAAACUGCAGGCGCAAAAGGCACAUUCUCAGUAUCUCGAUUCGCAAGCGCGAUUGAAUGUCCCGGAACUAGAAUUUUGGCAGGAUUAUCUUUGUAUGCGGAUCGAAGGUGCUGGGAGAGAAGAUCGAUUAAAGAUUGUGUAUACACAUCUUCUCGAAAAGGAUUGGGAGAAAGAGGCUUGGUUUGAGUUGGGUACGGCUUCCAGGGAUUACGAGAUAUAUCAUACCAAGCCCAAGUUGGAACGGGAGGCCAUUCAACGCGAAUUGGACAUUGUGAACGAGGACCGAGAUUUUGGAGCACUUUUGAAGAGGAUGCGUCGACUAUUCCUGGAGUCAAUGAAAUGA